AUGGAGAAAAUGAAGAUUCUCAUGUUGUUAAUCCUUUGCUUCACAUUCGCGGUAUUCAUGCCCAGAGCACAGGGCCAGCCAAAGCCAGUGGAGCCUUCCCCACUCUGCGUCUCCCAGUUUGCACUCGUUGACCAUGCCUGCUCAUUACUGCCAUUCAACCCUCACCCCUCACCCCACCCUCCCAGCCCUCCCUCCCCGGAUGGCGAUGGGGGCAGCGUGGGUGGCCAUGAACAUGGGCACAUUAAUGCUACUACACACGGGCACAGGCACAGGCACGUGCAUAGACACAGACCCAGGCAGGGCCACCGCGAAACACCCGUUGAAGAGGAAUGUUGCCGGUGGUUGAAGGAGGUGGACGCUGAGUGUGUCUGUGCUGUGCUGGUUCGCCUGCCUCCUUUCCUUUCAAAGCCUUUGCACGAGUACACCAUUAAGGUCGAUGACUCGUGCACCGUUUCUUUCGAAUGCGGAGGAGACUGAAAUACAAU